CUGCGCGGGCUGGGCUGGGCCGGGCAGCGGCGGCGACGGAGACGGCUGCCGAGGCCACUGAGGCGCUGACCGGGUGGCCAGUCCGCUGCUGUGCCCUCUAGCAGCCCCUUAGCGCGGCCGGCAUUGGCCCGGCGGCAUCUGGCCACGGCGCUCAGCCUGCUAGUGAGCUGCGGUGGGCACACCCCGGCCUCGGCGGCGGCGGCGGACAGGUUAGAGUGGGGGAAGGGGCAGGCGCGGGAGCAGCCCGGGGCCAGAGAGGGAGCCCAAAGCCAGGCCGUCUCCAGCCAUGUCCGACGAGACGUCGGCCACCACUUCGUACGAGAAGUUUCUAACCCCCGAGGAGCCCUUCCCGCUUCUGGGACCCCCUCGCGGGGUGGGCACCUGCCCGAGCGAGGAGCCAGGCUGCCUGGACAUCAGCGAUUUCGGCUGCCAGCUUUCCUCUUGUCAUCGCACGGAUCCACUCCACCGCUUCCACACCAACAGGUGGAACUUAACUUCUUGUGGAACAAGUGUUGCCAGCUCAGAAUGCAGUGAGGAGCUAUUUUCAUCAGUUUCUGUUGGAGAUCAAGAUGAUUGCUAUUCACUGUUAGAUGACCAAGACUUCACUUCUUUUGAUUUAUUCCCUGAGGGGAGUGUCUGCAGUGAUGUCUCUUCUUCUAUUAGCACAUACUGGGAUUGGUCAGAUAGUGAGUUUGAAUGGCAGUUACCAGGCAGUGACAUUGCCAGUGGGAGUGAUGUACUUUCUGAUGUCAUACCCAGUAUUCCCAGUUCACCUUGCCUGCUUCCUAAAAAGAAAAAUAAGCACCGGAAUUUAGAUGAACUUCCUUGGAGUGCAAUGACAAACGAUGAGCAGGUGGAAUAUAUUGAGUAUCUGAGUCGUAAAGUCAGUACGGAGAUGGGUCUUCGGGAGCAACUUGAUAUUAUAAAAAUAAUUGAUCCUUCUGCUCAAAUUUCCCCUACAGACAGUGAGUUUAUUAUUGAACUUAACUGUCUCACAGAUGAAAAACUGAAGCAGGUCAGAAACUAUAUCAAGGAGCAUAGCCCUCGCCAACGGCCUGCAAGAGAGGCCUGGAAGAGAAGCAACUUUAGUUGCGCAAGCACCAGUGGAGUGAGCGGGGCCAGUGCCAGCGCCAGCAGCAGCAGUGCCAGCAUGAAGCGAUCCAAGCAGCGGAAGUUACAGCAGAAGGCUUUACGCAAGAGGCAGCUGAAAGAACAGAGGCAGGCUCGGAAGGAGAGGCUCAGUGGGCUCUUCCUUAAUGAAGAAGUGCUGUCCUUGAAAGUGACUGAGGAAGACCACGAAGCAGAUGUAGAUGUUUUGAUGUAAUAAGGAUGAAUUUAUCAGCAUUCUUUCUAAGCAUUUAAGUAUUCUGUCCUUUUAUUUGUUUACAUGCAUCUUGACCAAACUUUUGGUUAGGGCUGUGCUGAUGUACCGUUAAUAAUUUAGGCCAGUGGUUCUCAGCAGGUGGUCCCCGGACCAGCAGCUUCAGCAUCACCUGAGAAGUUGUUAGAAAUGCAUACUACCAGGCCCCAUUCCAGAUCCAGUGAAUCAGAAACCCUGGAGGAGGGGCCCAGCAUUGUGUUUUAACAAGCACCAGGUUAUUCUGCUGCACGCAGCUCUUGUUUUAAGAACCACUAAUUUAGUAAAUGUUUUGACUGUUUAGACUUUAGGGUGGUUUAAGUGGGCUUUUUCAAGAAGUAGUACUUUUACAGUUUAGAGGAUUUCAAGGUACUGCUGACAAGUAGUUUAUUAUGUCAGUAUAGGUACAUACGUAGCGAUCAUAAUUCAGUUUCCUUUUUAAUGUUACAGUUCCUUAGUUUGCUUUUUCUAAAGGGCCAUAGUAUUAUUCUCAAUUCCUAGUGAAAAUCCUUUUUUGAGGUUGUGGGGGUGGGGUGUGAAUUGCAGUUUACAAUAGUGCCUUCAUUAGGUUUAGUUCUGUUUUCAUUUGUUAUUAACUUAAAGGUGUAAUAACAGGCCCUAAUAUCUUUCCUGUUAGGUUUGUUUUUCACUUUAUGUAAAUUCAGAAUUCUUUUGUAAGUGAGGACUACUGAGGAAAUGAUGUUACUAGUAGCUGAACUUUAGACCUGAUGCUAUAUUGAUUAAUAUUCAAAUGGAGAAAGCAAUUAAGCAAAACAACCGAUUCUGCUUUUCCACUGCUUUUUGAAAUUUUAGGCUGUGAAGCUGUCUCAGAGGCAUAAACUAUGUCUUAAGUUCUUUUUGUAGGUCGUUUUUUUUUUCCAGCACAGCUCUAAUUUUUAAAUAUUUGGUAUAACAGCUUCUGGCAUGUGAACAGGUUAAUGUUCAAAGUUAACUAAAAACCCUUACAGUUCUCCUAAACUUCUCUAUAAAUCACUAGAAAUACACAGAACAGUGAGAUGUAGAAAAAAACCGUAGCUUGUUGGCUAUUAAUAGAAGUCUAAUUUUAGAUGUGAAAUCAUGGAAUUUCUUUAAAUGUUUUCAUGGAGAGUUUGUUAUCAUGAACAUUAGGAGUAGUGUAAUUCCUUUUCUUCUACCACAUGUCUUUAAGCAUUCACGUGGGUUAAAGAAGAUGGAAACUGAUACUACUGACAAUCAAGCUGCUGACUUUCAUAAUUUUCUUUUUAUUGUGGAUAACUUGGGAGGUAAUCAUGAUUCUGUAGGAGUUGUAAUCAAUGUUUUUUUAAACUCUAGAGUCAGGUUGAUAGGAUUUUUACUUUUUUUAACUAUCAUAUCAAGUGACUCAUUAAGAAAGAGAUAGACUUAAGUUCUUAAUUCUCAGUUGAUAUAAAGGCUUAACCUUGGCUUACAAUCAUGUGUUUUGAAAACUUGAUUUUACUUUAGUUCCUUGAAGGUUAAAGGAUUGAAAGGAUAAAAAUUGAUGUAUUGCAGCUUUGCUGAGGUCUGUGGUAUGGUAGAUUUUGAAGACUACUAAAUUCAUACUUAAAAAUUUUACCUAAAAUGAAAGUAUGUGUAUAUGGUUAUCA